CAUCAUCACCGCCAUCAUCGCCAUGGCGACCAUCAUCGUCAUCACCAUCAUCAUCACCAUAUGGGCCACUUUGGCUCCUGCACUUGCUGGGACGUGGCUUUGAACAUUCACCUGAUCCUCCGUUGCCAGGAUUCGCUAUGCCAUGUCUCGGGCGCCUCGGCUGGCUGGAGGCGCAGGUCCUCGGCGGGCGCCGAGCUCAUCUGACCAUCAGUCAGGUUGCGGACGACACAAAGCUCAAAUGCAGAUUUGUUCUUUGUCCCGCUGGUGCUGGCGUUGCUUCUCCCCUUUUGUAAGCCCAUCUUUGCGAGCAGCUCAGUCAGCUCCGAGGUCUCCUGGCUUCACGCGUCGUGACCGACCGUGGGCACCGAUUAUCAUCGGGGCUUGCUGAGGUCUGUUUUUGGCUUCAACCCGUUCGGCCAGCUGUGGAUCACAGAGGGGCUGGUCCUCCUGGACCUCCGGAUCUUCGAGAUGGAGAUGGUGAUGAUGGUGGGUUCCCUCCCCCUGGUGGUUCUGGUGGCGGUGGGCGGCACCUUCGUCGACUUGCUGAGCAUGGUAGUCUUGGCCCUUGGCACGCUCGCGGUGGCGAUCCGUGGUCGCAGACUCGUUCGAGCGGGGCGGGAUUCGGUCCUCCUGCUAAGGCCCCCCGUGUUCAGGCUGAUCGGGUGGCCGUUCUUCUUGCAGGUGAGGUAUGUGCUGUGCCAGAUCAUGGGGGCGACAUCCGGCCGGGUGCAGGAGCUGCAGAUGGUUGUGGUACUACUGACGUUAGUGGAGAUGGCGCUCGCGAGUGCCCUGCUGGCCCUCAUGUUGGCGCGGAUCUACCAAGUCAUUCUGAAGAUCGAGGUGAUGGUGAUAUUCUUCCUCAAGGCGUUCAUGGUGCUGUUCGGCGAGUAUGGCGCCCUCGGCACGUGGGAAUACCUGCAGUUCAAUUUCGAGAGCGUGCUGAACAUCCAGUGGAGUUACCCGUCGUACCACCGCUCCCCUUCAACAAGAUGGCACGCGAACUUCACCCUGAAAUUCUGGUGGCUGCUGGAGCGCCUCUUCGUGAGCUCGAUGUUGCUGAUCUUCCUGAGCCUGAUGCGGAUCUUCCUGAGCGGCGUCAGGACCUCCUCUUUCAUGGUGGGCCUACUGGUCUUCGAACUGUCAGUGACGAUCAUGCCGGUAUCUUGGCUACAGUUGUUGUUAACUGUGCACGUGUAGAUGAGAUACUUCGUUCUCUUCGCCGAUCGCCUGGUGGGCUUUCUGAGGGUAGGGCUGCGGAGAGCCGCCUCCUGAAGAGCGGGGCUGCAUCUUUUGUGGAGCGGAGGGUCUGCCGCUCUGCUGUAGCUUCUUAAUCCCGCCACGUGAGAAUGCAUGUUGCUGGGAGGUCCGAUGUCUGUCUCAUCAAUUCCUGUGUUCGCCGCCUUUCACCGAGGAUUCGUCAGGUUGCUGACAUCAUGCAAGAUCCUGUCUGGCACGCUUCUUCGCUCGAGCUGGGAAGGGCCAGCACUAUUUUACAUCAUAACGUCCAGCUGUUCGAUUCGAUUCUCAUUGAGAUUCAAGCCAUGAGGGAUUAACUGCUGUUGGUGGUGGCCCGUGGAUUUGUCAUCAUUGUCGUCGUUAUCAUCGUCAUCAGGAAACGUCCGGCG